GACACCCCUCAGCUUGUAAGGACACAAACAUGGCGGCCUCCUUGCGGCUGGGGCGUCAAGGAAUUUUAACCGGUUUGAGAUUAGUAAAAAUUAAAAAAUGUCCAUGGACAGCACAUACGUUUCGGGAGCAAGUCAGAAGCUUAUUUCAGUCUCCGUCUUUCUUUGGUCUCCCCCCACUGAAGGUGCAGAUGCCUGCCCUGUCGCCCACCAUGGAGGAGGGCAACAUCGUCAAAUGGCUCAAGAAGGAAGGUGAGGCAGUGGCAGCCGGCGAUGCUUUGUGUGAAAUUGAGACGGACAAAGCUGUGGUCACCAUGGAGUCUAGUGAUGAUGGUGUCCUAGCAAAAAUUCUGAUGGAAGAGGGCAGCCGUAGUGUGCGUCUGGGGACGCUCAUCGCUCUGAUGGUGGAGGAAGGAGAGGACUGGAAGAAAGUGGAAAUCCCACCCCCAGAACCUAUAGCUGCUGCAGCUCUGCCCACACCCACUCCAGCCGCCGCCCCUCCGCCAGUGCAAGCUCCGCCUCCACCCCCUCGCCCAGCCACCACUGGACCGCUGCGAUUGAGUCCUGCUGCGAGACACAUCUUGGACACACACGGCCUUGACCCUAAACUGGCCACGCCCACUGGAAUUCGAGGCCUCAUUACUAAAGAAGACGCCCUGAAUCUGCUGAAGAAGGUGGGCACCACGGGCAAACCCGCCCCGGCCGUAUCUGCCUCUGCCCCGGCCCCCACACCUGCCCCUGCCCGGGCUGCUGCUGCCCCUGUACCCCCGCCGCCCUCCGGACGGCCGUUGUACCCCCCCAUCUCUGUCCCCGGAAAACCAGGGGCCCCUGGCACGUUUUCCGAGGUGCCAGCAACGAACAUACGCCGUGUGAUUGCCCAGCGCCUCACAGAGUCCAAAACCACCAUCCCUCACGCAUACGCCACUGUGGACUGCGACAUGGGGGCUGUGCUCAAGCUGCGCAAGGAGCUGGCCAAAGAGGACAUCAAAGUGUCCGUCAACGACUUUAUCAUCAAAGCAGCCGCAGUCACACUUAGAGAGUUACCUGAAGUCAACGUCACCUGGGCGGGCGACGGCCCCAGAGCCUUGGGCUCCAUCGACAUUUCCAUCGCCGUGGCGACGGACCGAGGCCUCAUCACCCCCAUCAUCAAGGAUGCGGCCGGCAAGGGCGUGCAGGAAAUCUCCUCCAGUGCCAAGAACCAAGACAGAAACCCAAACAUGAGAGACUACUGGUUGGCAACGAGAGCUUCUUCAGGUCAGGCUUUGGCUCAGAAGGCUCGGGAUGGGAAACUAUUGCCUGAGGAGUAUCAGGGUGGAUCAUUCAGCAUCUCUAAUCUGGGCAUGUUUGGCAUCAGUGGCUUCAGCGCCGUCAUCAACCCUCCUCAGGCCUGCAUCCUGGCCGUAGGAACCUCGCGCACCGAGCUGCGGCUGACCCCUGACGCCCAGGAUGGCUCGGGGCCUGCCCUGUGCUCCCAGCAGCUCAUGACCGUCACCUUGUCCAGCGACGGGCGUCUGGUGGACGACCAGCUGGCCUCGCGGUUCCUGGACAAGUUCCGCGCCAAUCUGGAGCAACCACAACGCAUGCAGCUAGCGUAGAGAGGAAGCAAGAUGGACGGAUGAAAAAAAAAGAGGGAGAAAAGGGAGGGAAGGGCAGAAAAGAAAAGUGUAGAAGAGUAGAAGUGCAGCACUGGUGAUGAAAGAGGGACAGGGGCAAAGGAAAGGGAGAACAGGUUACCUUAAGAUGGUGUUAACAUGGUCAGACCAAAACUCAAGGGAGAGCCAACACUCUACAGGGUCCAUGACCACCACCAUUCAGAGCAGCUUCACUUUCAGUCCCAACUGUCAAAUGUACCACCAUUUCAAAUUUAAAUGUGUACAAACUUCAACCAGAGGGGUCCAUGUGUCAUCCAAGAAUCAACGUGUCAGCUGAUGCCAAGUGCUCAUGUCUAAUUUUGUAAAUUUUUCAGCAUACAGUAUAUAUAUAUAUAUAUAUAUAUAUACUCUUACACAAAUCCGUAAAUAAACAAACAUUCUGACUCUUUCUGACAGUUGGUUUUAGCGCCUGGACUCCGCUGAAUCAGUUUGCGCAAUGUUGCUCAAUGCAUCCUGUCAGUAAGAUUGUGUAAAGAUAUCCACCCAUCCACUGUGAUGUAUUUUUUUUUUUCAUGUCAUGUUUAUAGUGUGCAUUAACUUAUUUGAAAAACAUGUCAUCUAAUAAAAACCUGGCCAUGACAAGC